AUGAAGUUACUGGUCUUUUCCUUCCUUUGCCUUUCCGCUCUUGCGGUCUAUUCUCAUGCUCGAAACAUUCCUGAUCAAAAUGCCGAUCAACACCGAGGAUCCAGAGCUUCUGGAGAUGCACAAACUCCCCAAGUCGAACCAAAGCCAGUGAAGAGAUUCUCAGGAGACCGACCAUCAAUGGACAUCUUCUCUGCUGAUCAGGACCAACAUCGCCCAGCCAGAGCCGCCGGAGAGCAACAAAAGAGCCAAGGAGCCGAGGCCGAGCAACACCGCCCAGCUAGAGCUGCCGCCCAGGUUGGAGCUAAGACCCAAGGACUUGACGCCAAUGCCGGAGCUAAAACUCAAGGAGCCGAUGCUGAGCAACAGAGACCAGCCAGAUCUGCAGGACAACAAUCCAAGACCCAAGGAGCUGACGCUCAGCAGCAGCGUCCAGCUAGAGCGGCCGCCCAAGUAAAUGCCAAAACUCAAGGAGCCGAUGCUGAGCAACACCGCCCAGCCAGAGCCGCCGCUCAAGUCGGAGCCAAGACUCAAGGAAUCGAUGUCAAUGCUGGAGCCAAGACUCAAGGAGCUGAAGCCGAGCAACAGAGACCAGCCAGAGCUACCGCCCAGGUUGGAGCCAAGACUCAAGGACUCGAUGCUAAUAUUGGAGCGAAGACUCAAGGAGCUGAUGCCGAACACCGCCCAGCCAGAGCCGCCGGACAGCAAUCCAAGACCCAAGGAUUCGACCAGCACAAGCCACAGAAGAGAGAAGCCGGAGAACGCAAGCCAAAGGAUCUUUUCUCUGCUGAAGCCAAUCAGGAACAACUCCGCCCACAAAGAGCCGCCGGACAACAAUCCAAGACUCAAGGAGCCGAUGCUGAGCAACACCGCCCAGCCAGAGCCGCCGCUCAAGUCGGAGCCAAGACUCAAGGAAUCGAUGUCAAUGCUGGAGCCAAGACUCAAGGAGCUGAAGCCGAGCAACAGAGACCAGCCAGAGCUACCGCCCAGGUUGGAGCCAAGACUCAAGGACUCGAUGCUAAUAUUGGAGCCAAGACUCAAGGAGCUGAUGCCGAACACCGCCCAGCCAGAGCCGCCGGACAGCAAUCCAAGACCCAAGGAUUCGACCAGCACAAGCCACAGAAGAGAGAAGCCGGAGAACGCAAGCCAAAGGAUCUUUUCUCUGCUGAAGCCAAUCAGGAACAACUCCGCCCACAAAGAGCCGCCGGACAACAAUCCAAGACUCAAGGAGCUGAAGCCGAGCAACACCGUCCAGCCAGAGCUGCUGCCCAGAUCGGAGCCAAGACUCAAGGACUUGAUGCUAAUGCCGGAGCUAAGACUCAGGGAGCUGAAGCCGAGCAACAGAGACCAGCCAGAGCUGCCACCCAGGUUGGAGCCAAGACUCAAGGACUCGAUGCUAAUAUUGGAGCGAAGACUCAAGGAGCUGAUGCCGAACACCGCCCAGCCAGAGCCGCCGGACAGCAAUCCAAGACCCAAGGAUUCGACCAGCACAAGCCACAGAAGAGAGAAGCCGGAGAACGCAAGCCAAAGGAUCUUUUCUCUGCUGAAGCCAAUCAGGAACAACUCCGCCCACAAAGAGCCGCCGGACAACAAUCCAAGACUCAAGGAGCUGAAGCCGAGCAACACCGUCCAGCCAGAGCUGCUGCCCAGAUCGGAGCCAAGACUCAAGGACUUGAUGCUAAUGCCGGAGCUAAGACUCAGGGAGCCGAGGCCGAGCAACAGAGACCAGCCAGAGCUGCUGCCCAAGUUGGAGCUAAGACUCAAGGAGCCGACCAACAGCAACACCGCGGAUCUCGUGCCGCCGGAGACAAUGCUGGAAAGGGAUCUCAAUCUGCUGACAUCAACACCCAACAACGCCCAUCCAGAGCUGCCGCCCAAGUUGGAGCCAAGACCCAAGGAGCUGAAGCCGAGCAACAGAGACCAUCCAGAGCCUCCGGAGAUCAAUCAAAGACUCAAGGACUCGACCAACAUAAGCCAAUGAAGAGAGAAGCUGGAGAACGCAAGCCAAAGGAUCUCUUCUCUGCUGAAGCCGACGCAGGACAAAACCGCCCAGCCAGAGCUGCUGAAGUUCAUGCUAAGACUCAAGGAGCCGAAGCCGAGCAACAGAGACCAGCUAGAGCCGCCGGACAACAAUCCAAGACUCAGGGAGCUGAAGCCCAACAACAGAGACCAGCUAGAGCCGCAGGACAACAAUCCAAGUCCCAAGGAGCUGAAGCUGAGCAACACCGUGGAUCUCGUGCCGCCGGAGAGCAAUCCAAGACUCAAGGAGCUGACCAGCACAAGCCAAUGAAGAGAGAAGCCGGAGAACGCAAGCCAAAGAAUCUCUUCUCUGCUGAAGCCAACCAGGAGCAAAUGCGUCCACAGAGAGCCGCCGGACAGCAAUCCAAGACUCAGGGAGCUGAAGCUGAGCAACACCGCCCAGCCAGAGCUGCUGCCCAAGUUGGAGCCAAGACUCAAGGACUUGAUGCCAAUGCCGGAGCUAAGACUCAAGGAGCUGAAGCCGAGCAGCAGAGACCAUCCAGAGCCGCUGGAGAUCGUCACGAGAAGGACCUGUUCUCCGCUGAAGCCAACCAAGAGCAAAUGCGUCCACAGAGAGCCGCCGGGCAGCAAUCCAAGACCCAAGGAGCUGAUGCUCAACAACACCGCCCAGCCAGAGCUGCCGCCCAAGUUGGAGCCAAGACUCAAGGACUAGAUGCCAACGCCGGAGCUAAGACUCAAGGAGCUGAAGCCGAGCAGCAGAGACCAUCCAGAGCCGCUGGAGAUCGUCACGAGAAGGACCUGUUCUCCGCUGAAGCCAACCAAGAGCAAAUGCGUCCACAGAGAGCCGCCGAACAGCAAUCCAAGACCCAAGGAGCUGAUGCUCAACAACACCGCCCAGCCAGAGCUGCCGCCCAAGUUGGAGCCAAGACUCAAGGACUUGAUGCCAAUGCCGGAGCUAAGACUCAAGGAGCUGAAGCCGAGCAGCAGAGACCAUCCAGAGCCGCUGGAGAUCGUCACGAGAAGGACCUGUUCUCCGCUGAAGCCAACCAAGAGCAAAUGCGUCCACAGAGAGCCGCCGAACAGCAAUCCAAGACCCAAGGAGCUGAUGCUCAACAACACCGCCCAGCCAGAGCUGCCGCCCAAGUUGGAGCCAAGACUCAAGGACUAGAUGCCAACGCCGGAGCCAAGACCCAAGGAGCUGAAGCCGAGCAGCAGAGACCAUCCAGAGCCGCCGGACAACAAUCCAAGACUCAAGGAGCUGAUGCCCAACAACAACGACCAUCCAGAGCCGCUGGAGAUCGUCACGAGAAGGACCUCUUCUCUGCCGAAGCCAACCAAGAGCAAAUGCGUCCACAGAGAGCCGCCGGAGAUCGUAAUCCAAAGGACCUCUCAGCCGAAGGUAAUGACCAUCGUUUCCUGUUCUUCUGGUAA